UAAAAUAAUAAUAAUAAUAAUUGUGUUCUGUGCGGCACGCACCGGACGAACCGGAGAGACUCCGAGGCAGCCCAGUCCUUAUAUUGCCAUUUUCACAUAAUUUCUCGUUCGUGUGCUUUCCUCUUAUCGGACAACUCAUGGCGGAGGUUGAGCUGAAAACAGCCCCUGCUGAUUUUCGAUUCCCUACAACAAAUCAAACCAGACACUGUUUCACUCGUUACAUUGAGUUUCACAGGUGCUUGACAGCAAAAGGUGAAGAGUCUGGUGAAUGUGAGAAAUUUGCGAAGUAUUAUCGUUCCCUCUGCCCGGGUGAAUGGGUUGAGAGGUGGAACGAGCAAAGGGAGAGCGGAUCUUUUCCAGGCCCCCUUUGAUGUCGCAUCAGCACCUUAGAUGAUACAGUUGAAUCUUCACAAAUAAAACGACCCUCGUUGGCUUGGUUUGUUCUUCCAUAACCCCCAGAAGCUAACCGACCUGUGUUUGUUCUUAAACAUGCAUAUUUAAUUCAUUUGAUGAUAGUUUGAAACCCGAAAUAAAACAAACUAGGAUGAGUUCCCUUUGGUUCUUGGUUUUCAAUAGAUUGGGGCGAUUUUAGGAGGAAAUGAUGAACGGAGCAGCUGUUUCAGAGCUUGUACAGACAUAAUAUUUCUGUAACUCCUAAUAUAUAAACUUGUUCUUAGCAGAUACUGUUGUGUCUCAGAAACAGAAUCGGGAAUAUUUUUUUUUUUCCUUAAA